UUCCAGAAGCAUGCGCGUUCGAUCCAGCAUCUCAGAACACGACCAACACUGACCCAAAUCUCCACCUUCCAUCCUCGUUUUUAACAAGCAAGACAUGUCAAUGGCUUCCGGCUGCAUUUCCUGGGUCGCUUUCCUUUUUUGCGUCCCCGUUGAAUCCUCACAAAACUUCCGCAAAGAUGUCCCAACACCCAGCAUUGGCAGCAUUGGUUACACCGUUUGCACUGUCACGGGCAUGCGAGGCUGCACAGAAGUGACUGAUUCAUGGCAGAGUCUUCUUUCUUGUCGUGGAUUCAGCAACGGACCCUGGGAGGCAAACAAAUUACAAAUUGUUGCGUUCUUUUGAGGAAAAAAAAGUCAUCCGGAAUCUGCUUCUUUGCAACACAGAUGAUGGAUUACAAAGUGUCAAGCCAAGCACAAAAAGGCAUCACAGGAGCCUUCCUCUCUGCGGCGAACAUGACGCGAGGCGGUGAAGAGCGAUGCAGAAACUAUUUGGUUCCGAAUGAGUGCAUCUGCCUUCUUUUGGGAGUGUGGGAGAUGCUCAGAAAUACGUUUUUCGCUACGCUUGUUGCUUGAAGUUCUUCUCUUAUACACUUGCAUCACUUGCAUGACACAAAAAUCAGAACGGAAGUCUUUCAGAGAACGUCACGAGUUUGGUGUGAUUCAGCUCUUUGCAAUGCUCUGCUCUUCACCUCUGCAAACACAAUUCUUACCUGACCACUUGGGUUGCGAUCAAAACCUGGUAGCGCAACUCUGAUCCCAAACUUUAUUAUCAACAAAGGUACGGCCGUCAUUUUGCACUUUGACAUGCUUUACCAGACGGAAAUACAAUUAAUUCACACUGGCACAUGGUUUUUUUCUCCCGGGGUAAAAAUACCGCUUCGAUGUCUGUGUCUGGCCAACUCUUGUCAAUCUUCAGCACUUUGGGGCGACGCGAAGAAGCCGAAUCUGAGAACAUGUAACAAAUGGGCAUCGCUAUAGCGGUUUCGCUGGCAUCGACCUGUGCCAUCCUUGUCCGAAGUUACACUGCGCAGGUCCAUGAUCCAAAAUACGGACUCUCGAAUUGAAAGAAAUGAUUCUCACAUGUGAGAAAUUGCCUUUUCUAUGUUCUUGCAGCACCCGUUGUUUCGGAAGGCAGGAGUGAGUCAGAUUCAAGAAGCAAUGCCAUACUGCUGUACUGGGACAAAACCUCUCAUAUCUUGAUCUGCUCCGGAGCCAACCGAACCAAAGCAAAUAGUUCAACAGGUUCAUUUCGGCCGCCGGUUGCUCAUAGGUUUCAAGCAACUCUGGAUCUUACUCAUCGAACGAAGGGCCGCUUUGGGAUCUAGAAACGAAGCGCAGCUUUUGGAUUUAGAAACUACCAGAUUCCUAUGGUCACAAAAACGUCCUAAGGACAUGUUGUUCAAACAAGAUCUCUGUGCCGAGCCAGCUCUUUGCAAAGUCGCGCAAGAUUCUCUUUGAAGCGCCGUAGCAAAUGGGGCCUAGUUGCUUGGCUCAUGUGCAUUGAAACCAUGCUCGGUGCUGAACUCAACAACUGUCCUGGCACUGGGAGGAUGGCUUCCCAACCUGGCGGAGCAAUGCACUCAAUAAAGAGGCACACAAUGUACAACCAGUACAAGAACAAAAUGACGAAAUGCUUUUCCCUUGGCCGAAAAGCUUCACGGGUCUUUUGGAUCCCUCUUUCACUGGCAAAUUCCUGCUUAACAGAGAGGGCAAGAUGGCAGUCACUGCGCAGGGCUCACAUCAAAAGAAACGUCAACGCGAAACGAAAGCUGCAGGCGGCAAGCAGCAAUCUUCUGUCAGCGGACUUGCUACCACGGGAAUGGCGCACAAUCUGGGCGUGGCCAUUUUUGGCAGGCGCGGCCAACAUUCACGCCUCGGACCC